CGAAAAGAAAGAGAGAAAGAGAGAAAGAAAAUCAAGAAACCAUUGCCAUUUUCUUUCAUCACUCGUCACCACUCUCCUCCCUCUUCCGAUUUCUCUGACCACCUCUUCCAUGUCCCCAUAUCUAGGUUGUGUAUAUGGACAGGGUUGCUUCUAAUAUGAAGCUUUCUGAGUGGAAGCAGAGUAAUCUCUGCAAAGCUCACGAGCAGUUACAUUCGGAAGCUUCUUCGUUUCUUCUCUUCAGUCUUCAAUGGAAAGAUUUGGAGACGCACUUCGAAUCUACACGUGAGAUGAUUUUGACUCAGUGUGAGGAGGUUGAGCGCCGGGAGAAAGCUAUUGCGUUGAAGGAAGAGAAGUUAGUGGAUUUGGAGAAGUGUAUCUUGGAAUGUUCGAAGGAGGUUGAGUUGAGGAAGAAUGAACUCAGUGAGUUGAAUCGUUUGAUUGUGAAGUGUGAUAGUGCGGUUAAGGGAAAAGAGAUGGAGUUGGAAUUAAUGCAUGAGAGAUUGGGAGUUUUGUCGAAGGAUAUUAAGAUGAAAGAAGAUGAGCUUUGUAGAGCAUGCAGGAGAUUAUCGGAUUUGGAGAAGGAAUUUGAGGAGAAGGAGAAGGAUUUUGAGAUGGUUCGAGAGAGGAUUGACGACUGUGAGCAUGCUAUGGAAUUGAAAGAACAGAAAUUAAAUGGUGUAAUGCAGUUAAUUGAAGAACGAUUAAUGGAAUGUGAGUUGAAGGAGAAGAGUGUUGAAUCGAUAAGAGCAUUGCUUCGAAAUCAUGAAGAAGAGCUUGCAAUCAAGGAGAAGCAGUUCGAUGCAAUCCAAAUGGCAAUUAAAGAUAGCAAUGGAGAACUCAAAUUGAAAGAAAAGGAGCUUGAGACAAUUCAAAAUAUGAUUGCCACGAAGUGGAAGGAGAAAAGAUUAGACAAGAUUGAAAAGACUAUAAAAGUGCGGACUGAAGAGCUUGAUCUUAAAGAGCAAGAAUUUGAUGUUAUGUGGAGCAAGUUGGGGGCUCUUUCUGAGGACUUGUUAUCAAAGGAAUCAGAAUUAGAAUCCAUCAAAUCUUGUAUCAAGGAACAUAGUAAAGAACUUGAUGUGCAGGAAAAGCAACUUGAUGGCACCCAACAAUCUAUUCGAGAUUGUCAGAAUGCUGUCAUGAUGCUUACAAAUUAUGUUAGUACGAUAGAAAAGGCAAUCAUCGAAUGCUCAAAGGAAUGGGAAUUGGAGGAGAAUCACCAUCAUUCGCUGAAAGAAACAGUGGAUGGAAACUCUAAUGACUUUUCAUCAGUGGUGGAACAACACGGUUCCAUUUCUUUGACAGUUGAUAAAUGCCUUGAAGGUCUAAAAUCUCAAAAAGAGCAUUUCAAUGCGUUGAGGAAAUUCAUAGAAGAGCGCUCAAAGUAUCUCGAGAAUGUAGAAAACAAUUUUAAGAGACGGAUGGAGGAGCUCAACAAGAAAGAUGAGAAAGUGAGCCUGUAUCUAAAAGAGAUUGAAUCUUUAAAAGCAGACAUGGAUUCGCAGAUUUUAUUGCUGGAAAAAGACCGUGAAGAACUAAGAUUAAAGGAAAUACAACACAAAGCGCCGGAUGAGGAACUUGAAUCAAAAGAAAAAGAAAUCAAUCUAGUCAGAGCUUUGAUACAAAAAUGUAACGAAAAAGUAAAAUUGAUAGAUGAUCCAAACAAUCUUCACUUACAAGUAAAAACUGAGGAAUCAGGCUGCAAACCGGCAGGCAGUUCUAAUACUUUGCAUUUUCCUACUGGAUCUGCCUUGGAUGGAAAGCUUUUGUUAGCUCUCUUAUGUGAGCAUUUGAAACUGCAUGAUUUGGUGCGAGCGGAACUGAUGAUUACACUUAAAGCAUCUUCCGAUCCUGCUAAGUUGGUUCUAGAUGCAAUGAGAUGGUUCUACCCUACACAUACAGAGUCUAAAGAUGCAAAAAUCGAUUUUUAUAAUGUGAAAAGGGGAUGCAUUUUUCUGUCUGAACUAUUAUUGAACUUCUCACCCAAAAUCACACCUCCACUGAAAGAAGAAGCUCUAAGGCUGGCAGGCCUGUGGAAGGCUAAACUGGUGAUGCCAGUUGAGAACCAUGCGGAGGUAGUGGCAUUCUUGCUACUUGUUGCUAAUUUUCGGUUGGCCUCCAAUUUUAAUGCGGGUGAACUACAAAUUCUUUUGAAUUCUGUUUCACAAUAUAAACAAGCAUUUGAGUUAUCCCGAGCACUUGGAAUUGGAGAUAAAUCGUCUGAGGUCAAUGCAACUCCUACUCCUUCCCUUGUUGAACUAGAGCAACCUAACGAAGGGCUGGUCUUUUCCUCAAAAAACGAGCAGCUCAGCAUGGAACCAAACGAGAAGAGAUUAUAUGUACUUCUGAACAAAAAGAGGUUGACUGGAUCAAAGUUGAUACCAAGUGUAAUCUUAUCUAUUCUUAAACAGUCAUUAGACCCAGCAAAACUUGUCCUGGAUCUGAUUCAAGGUUCUUUUCACCAACAUUUGAAGAAAGAACAGUUGGGCUUUAAAGAAAAUUUCUUGACGUGGUCCACACUUCUUUUAAAACAAUUAAAGCAAAUCUCACCAAGUAUUGGUCCAAAGGAAAGAGAAGAUGCAAUGAAGAUUGCAAUUGACUGGAAACAGAACAUGAGAAGUGAUACAAAUGGGUCUAUGGAUGCUGUUGGCUUCUUGCAACUUCUAGUGUCUUAUGGAUUGACAACUUCAUUCAGCGGGGAUGAGAUUUUGAAGCUCUUUGAGAACAUAGUGCAUCAUGAACAGGCAUCGGAAUUGUGUUUGAUGUUUGGGUAUAAACAACAGAUACAAGACAUUGUACAAAACCUUAUUGGAACAAAGCAAGUUGUCAAGGCUGUCAGGUUUGUAUGUGGAUUCAAGUUGGAAUUCUUUCGACCCGUACAGAUCCUGAAUGAAUACUUGCGAGAUGUAAGGAAUGCCACCGUGUUAGCCAGCAAGAAGAAUCAAGGUCAAAAAGAUGUACCUACUGCCAUUGCCAUGGAUGAAGCCAUUGAUAAGGAGAUAGAUGCUGUAAAGUCGGUAAUCUCAUGCAUAGCAGAUUGCAAUCUCAGUUCUGAAAUCUCAUCUCAAGUGCUUGAAACCCGAGUUGUUUCACUUGAAGAGAUGAGAAGAUUGAAAUUCAAUAGCAAUGGUCAACCUACAAGUUUGACCACUUCAAAACCACAACCAUCUAAAGCCUAUACCGAAGCACAAUGCUCAAAUCCAACUAAGGUUUUGCCAAAUUGGGAGAAGUCUGAUGUGCCACAAUCGCACCCAAAACACCAUCAAUUCCGAAAACAUCCUUCUUCUACCCACAAACCCCAUCAGCAACAUCAAGGACCGCAAAAGAUGCAAAAGAAACGUAAGUUUCAAAAGAGUUCAAUGAGACACCCUCGAAAGCAACCUUGUCAAACUAGACCUGUGUUCUUGAGUUCACUGCCAAGAGUACACGAUGAAACAUCAAUGUUUCAACGGUAUAAUUCAAGAUUUAUGGGAAUGCAUGGGCUGUUUGGUCUCCAUGAAGGUGAUUGUGAAUCUCCUAAACAUGGAAAUCAUUAUCCACGCUCAACUAGGCCUUUGACAUAACGAAUGACGAGGUACCCUUUUCAACUAAUUUAAUGUUUAACAUCUAUUGAGUAGAUUAUGUGUAAAUGUGUUUAGGAGUAGUGAAGAGUUUUUGUGUCAUGGUUGCCUUCUUUCUAGAGAAGGCAACUCUUUCUCUCUUGUCCUUAGAAAAGUGUUCAACAUGAAACAUAUAUGGAUCGACAUAAUAUCUGAUAUAUAUUUGAUGAAAAAAAGGAAGGAAUUGUUGGUAUUGAGGACUGUAUUAACACCCUUGGAAAAGAUAUGAACAAGCAUGCUUUUCUUGGAAUUA